AUGUCCUUUUCUUGCAGACCAGUCACAACUUCCCGUACAUCUUUGCCACUAUGGAUAAUUAUCCUUAUUGUGUUUGGAGUGUUGGCAAUCCUGGGAAUAAUUAUUGGUCUCCUGGUUCAUUUUCUGGUAGUAGAAAACACAGUCUACUACUACCAAGGUAACUUUAAGGUUCUGGAUAUCCCAUAUAAUAGAAAUUAUGAAAAAGAGACAUCAUCAGAAAAUAACUAUCUUAGCACAAUUCUUGAGACUAAGAUGGCUGAUGCAUUUCAGAGUUCUGACAUUUACAAACAAUAUCUCAAUUCUCAAGUUAUCACACUGGUUCCUGAUAGCAACAGCGUGACAGCACAUAUAUUGCUGAUGUUCAAGGCUUCCAGAUCAAUGAAGGAAAACACAAGAAGAAGAAUUGAAAGCAUCUUACGGCAGAUGCUCAGUAACAACUCAGGAUCCUUGACUACAGAUCCUAAUUCUCUUAGGCUUGUGGAAACCAGUAAGGUUGAUACUGAAAGGAUUAUCAACAGCCGCUGUGGGAGACGAGCAAGGAUAUCAGCUACAUAUGAUAGAGUCAAGGGAGGUUCCAAUGUUCGCGAAGGAGAAUGGCCCUGGCAAGCAAGUCUCAAAGUAAAUGGCCGACACUACUGUGGGGCAUCUUUGAUCAGUGACAGAUACCUGGUGACUGCAGCUCACUGCUUUCAAAAGACACUAAAUCCAAAAAACUAUACUAUCAGCUUUGGCACCAAAGUAACUCCCCCCUAUAUGCAACAUUAUAUUCAACAAAUUAUUAUUCAUGAAGACUACAUUCCAGGCGAACAUCAUGAUGACAUUGCAGUUGUCCUUCUCACUGAAAAAGUUUUAUUUAAGAAUGAUGUCCAUCGAGUUUGUCUUCCUGAAGCCACACAAGUUUUUCUACCAGGUGAAGGCGUUGUUGUUACAGGAUGGGGAGCACUUUCAUAUAAUGGUAAAUACCCAACAAUACUUCAGAAAGCACCUGUGAAGAUUAUCGAUACAAAAACUUGUAAUUCUAGGGAAGCAUACAAUGGUAUGGUGCAGGACACGAUGCUAUGCGCUGGGUACAUGGAAGGAAAUAUUGAUGCUUGCCAGGGUGACUCUGGAGGACCACUGGUUUAUCCCAAUUCUCGACAUAUUUGGUACCUUGUUGGAAUAGUGAGCUGGGGUGUAGAAUGUGGUAAAAUCAACAAGCCAGGUGUCUAUGUGCGAGUGACCGCCUACCGCAACUGGAUUGCCUCCAAGACUGGUAUUUAAGAGAAAAGCAUCUUGUAGAAA